AACUGAAUCCUGUUCUUCCUGCUCCAUGGUCUCCUAGCCCCUCCUUGUAUAGCUUAGGGAUUUGAGAAAUAGGCACGUUGAGGGGGAAUGGUAGAAACAGGACACAGAAGGACAGAGAGGCUGGCUGAGAGAGGCAAAGGGAACACUAAGCUCCCUGGUUGUCCCCUGUACUUGUCUGCACGUGCCUCCUAAGAUGACUACUUGCAGAAGUAAGGGAAACUGAUCAACUCUUCCCCAUCAGCUCCAGAAGGCAGGUUUGCUCACUCAAAUACAGUGAAACCUAUCCCUUCUCUGAGCUCCAAAAUCCAGAGGUGGAGAGAACCCGAGCUGAGAGAUGUCCAGCUUCUCAGGACCUAUCAAAUCAACAGGCAUAUGGUGUGUUGUCUUGUUUGCAGUCCUGGCAUGGGCUGAGGAGACCUCCAUGUAUGGGGAAAUUUUGUCCCCUAACUACCCCCAAGCAUAUCCCAAUAAUGUACAGAAGAUCUGGAACAUCACAGUUCCUGACGGAUAUGGCGUCCGUCUCUACUUCACUCAUCUGGACAUAGAAUUGUCAACCAACUGCGAGUAUGAUUCAGUGAAGAUCAUAUCAGGAGACCUUGUGGAAGGGGUACUCUGUGGGCAGAAGAGUAGCAAGAACCCCAGUUCUCCAAUAGUGAAGGAGUACCAUGUCCCACAUAACAGCCUCCAAGUGAUCUUUGAGUCAGACUUCUCAAAUGAAGAGCGUUUCACAGGAUUUGCUGCUUACUAUGUUGCCGUGGAUAUAAAUGAAUGCACAGACUUUGAAGAUGUCCCUUGUAGUCAUUUCUGCAACAACUUCAUUGGUGGUUACUUCUGCUCCUGCCCUCCGGAGUACUUCCUCCAUGAUGACAUGAAGAAUUGUGGAGUGAAUUGCAGUGGGAAUAUGUUUACUGAUCUAGCUGGGGAGAUUACCAGCCCUAACUAUCCCAGUUUAUACCCUGAGAACUCCCGCUGUGACUAUCGGGUGUUUUUGGAGAAAGGCUUCCAAGUGGUGGUGACUAUUAAGAGAGAAGAUUUUGAUGUGGAAGCAGGUGAUUCAGAAGGAGACUGUCCGGACAGCCUGCUUUUCACUGCAGGAGGUCAGCAGUUUGGGCCCUACUGUGGUAAUGGAUUUCCUGGGCAGCAAAUAAUUGAAGCCAAGGACAAUGUUCUUGAUAUCGUAUUCCAGACUGAUGAAACAGGGCAAAAAAAGGGCUGGAAACUUCGUUACUAUGGAGACCCAAUGCCAUGUCCUAAAGAAUUCACAGCCAACUCUGUUCAGGAUCCUGUAAAAGCCAAAUAUGUGUAUAAGGAUACUGUGAAGAUAACUUGUCUGGAAGGGUUUGAAGUGGUGGAGGGAAGAGUCAGCUCAACCUUCUUCUAUUCUACUUGUCAAAGUAAUGGGCAGUGGAGUAAUUCCAACCUAAAAUGCAAACCGGUGGACUGCGGCUCUCCCGAACCCAUUAAAAAUGGGAAAGCAGACGAUACAGAAAAUACCUUGUUUGGGACUGUGAUUCAGUAUACCUGCAAUGAGCCAUAUUAUUAUAUGAAGACCGAAGGGACUGGGGAAUAUCGUUGUGCUGCCAAUGGGACCUGGAUGAACAAGGUGCUGGGCAUGGAGCUGCCUCAAUGUGUAGCAGUCUGUGGAGUUCCCAGUCAGCCAUUUGCAGGAACCCAGAGGAUUUUUGGGGGUAUUAAGGCAAAUAUUGGCAGUUUCCCCUGGCAAGUUUUCUUUCAGACUCCAAGAGCUGGCGGAGCCCUCAUUGAUGACCAUUGGGUGUUAACUGCUGCCCAUGUGGUAGAGGGCAACUCCAACCCUAUUAUGUACAUGGGAACCACCAGGGUCCAUAAUGCAGAUCUGGAGAAGGCCCAGAUGCUCAUUGCUGAUGGUGUCUUUCUCCAUCCGGACUGGAAGCCCGUUGGUGAUCUAGAGACAAGGAAGAAUUUUGACAAUGACAUUGCACUGGUGCGUCUAAAAGACCCAGUGAAACUGGGGCCUAAUGUUUCUCCUAUAUGUCUGCCAGACAGUUCAUCGGAUUAUGACCUGGAGUUUGGGACCCUGGGAUUGAUCUCAGGCUGGGGCCGAAUAGAAAGACGUAGAAUUGUUGUUGAACUUAGAGGGACAAAGUUACCUGUGGUCCCCAUGAAAAAGUGUGAGUCAGUAGAAAGUGACUCCAGAAUAGAUACCAGAACCUUCAGUUUUACCGAUAACAUGAUUUGUGCUGGAGGAGAGAAGGGGAGUGAUAGUUGUGAAGGAGACAGUGGUGGGGCCUUUGCUGUACAAGUCCCUAAUGAAAAGAAAACCAAAUUCUAUGUGGCUGGCCUGGUGUCCUGGGGACCCAAAUGUGGUACUUAUGGGAUCUAUACUAAAGUAAAGAAUUACAUUUCCUGGAUUGAGAAGACCAUGCAGGAACAUAGGAUCUCUGAUCAGGAUUAAUCCAUUCUUAUAUCACCCACCUGUCUUGGAUGAUCAUAACCAGACUGCUGUCACUACGGGGAGUGUGAGCUGGAGAGACUGAAAUGCUUAUGGUGGGGGUGCAUCAUGUUUUUGGCUCUGAAAUAUCCAUCAGAAUGUAUUCCUCUGUUGUAAGGGCACCUGAUUGGUGAUGUUCAACUAUAUAUUCCAUUAUGACUACUCUUAUCUUUGGAGACUUCUUUCUAUUGAUUUGUUUCAUUCCUUUGAUUGUUGCCUAAUCCUGCCACCAUGCAGAACAUCCCAGAAAGAACUUUCUUACUUCUAAUCCUGAGCCUUGCCAGUUAUUAUAGCUCUGAUGUUAACAGUGACUGAUGGAGAUGCUGUUUACCCCCCCUGCACACCUCGUUCCUCCACUGAAAGUUAUAUUUAAUGAAUCAUUCUUAACAUCUAAUAAUUAGCCACAAUAAAGUGUGAUUCCACCCCAA